CCCCGAUCCGGAAUGUCCUCAGUUUUCUGUACUACGUGAAACCUGGUUUCAACCCGAAGGGGACCCCGCGGACGACUGAGCGCGAAGGCGCCAGCUGACUCCGAGAUUUUGGAAAUGACGGCUUCCGGAUAAGGCGCAUUUGACCUCCAGAGCCUCCUGGACACAGUUUACGCCUGCCGCAGAGCAUCCGAUCUCCUGGAGCUCUCAAUCGCGUUCGAAAUACCGCGCCUUAACUGUCCUGAGAGAGCCGAGCCGAGGGGGAUGUGGAGAGUGAGGGUAGAAACAUCAACACACACGCAAGCAGACGAUCCUCCAAAGGGAGCGCCCUGCCGCCGGCUCUACCUACGAUUGACUUUGUACAUUUGUCUCAGCCAGAUCAUUCAUCGAGUCGAGGCGUAUUCUGAUCAGAGCUCCCCAGUUUGCAAGGAGGAUUUUUUGGAGCCGGAAGCAUCCUUGAAUUCUGGGCACCUGAAUCGGAAUGGCAGAUGCCCGAGACGAUCGGCCGGCAGGAGAUGCUGGAGCAGAAGGGGUCGGUGGAGCUCUGACGAAACAGAGCACAGAAAGUGAUCAAUCCCCAGCAGAAGGCAACACCGUUGUAACAGAUGGAGAUGAGCCCAAUCUUCCUGAGAGCGAGAGAUCCUUCAUGAAGAAGUUGCUGAGGACUACCUUGCUCGAGAGUAAAAACGAGGUGCAGGUUCAACGUUCAGACCCCAACUCCCCUCUGUAUUCGGUUCACACGUUCGAGGAGCUUAAACUUCGCGAUGAGUUUCUCAGAGCCAUCUACAAGAUGGGUUUUCAAAAGCCCUCCAAAAUUCAAGAGACCGCUUUACCGACCCUGAUCGCGGACCCUCCAAUCAACAUGAUCGCUCAGUCCCAGUCGGGCACCGGGAAAACUGCGACUUUCCUUCUCGCAUCGCUCAGUCGUGUGGAUGAAAACCUCAAAUACCCUCAAGUUCUCAUCCUGAGUCCUACAUUCGAGCUCGCUAAGCAAACAGCCACGGUCGCGCAACAAAUGCUCCAGUUCUGCCAGAAAAUCGAAGUGAAGUUCGUCGUGCGAGGACAGAUUCUGCCGCCUGGGAGUCAAAUCCAGGAGCAAAUCGUCAUCGGCACCCCUGGGAAAAUGAUCGAUUGGGCUCUCAAAUUCAGAUUCUUCGACAUCUCCAAAAUCAAGGUUUUUGUGCUCGAUGAAGCCGACGUCAUGAUCGCUGAACGCGGUCAUCACGACCAGAGUAUUAGAAUCCAUAGAAAACUUUCCGCCGACUGUCAGAUGAUGUUGUUUUCGGCCACCUAUGACAAAGAUGUCAUACAGUUCGCAGACAUGAUUAUACCUGACCCUUGCAUCAAGAUUACCCUAAAACGCGAAGAGGAGUCGUUAGAGAACAUCGGACAGUAUGUCAUGCAUUGUCCCGAUGACGAGAGCAAGCAGCGAGCUCUUCUUAACAUCUACAGUUCCUUGUCGGUGGGCCAGGCUGUAAUUUUCUGCCAUACGAAAGUGGCGGCGUCGACGAUCGCGAGAGCGAUGAAGGAACUCGGGCAGAGCGUCUCAAUGCUGACCGGAGAUCUCGAUAUGGAGGAAAGAGUUCAGACCAUUGAGCGCUUCAGAAGUGGCAUAGAGAAAGUGAUGGUGACGACGAAUCUAUGUGCGAGAGGAAUCGACAUCGAACAGGUCUCGCUUGUUGUCAAUUUCGACCUCCCCGUGAAUGAAAAAGGGGAUCCGGAUUUCGAGACCUAUCUGCACCGUAUCGGACGCACUGGGCGUUUCGGAAAAACCGGUGUCGCGAUAAAUUUUGUCAAUCCCAACAGCCCACGUGACAUGAUGAACAUCAAGAGAAUAGAAGAGCAUUUCAAGCGGAAUAUUAUACCCAUUGAUUUCGAAGAUUUCGAACUCCUGGAGAAAAUCGGAACUCAAUCUUGAUCGUCUUGGAGAGCUGUGAUUUCUUCCACGGAUGUUUAUGUACAGGGAGAGGGUCGAUCGCGGAGAGGGUUCUCCCGAGAGAAAUCUCUCCGGAUUCUUAUAUGACUCGGGUUUCUGUAGCCCUGAUUUGAUUAAAU